AUGACUCAGAACGACCCACCAAUGUCGUUUACGAAGACCGACCUUAAAGUAGCACAGGUCAUCGCCAAGGAAAAUGAAAGAAUAAAGGACGAGCAACAAACCCUUCGUGAAUUUGAUCUCAAUGGAAAGUGGGGCCCGGCUGUUGGAUUGACAAGACUAGAACGAUGGAAACGGGCGAUCGACCUAGGGUUGUCCCCUCCGAAGAAUGUUUAUCAUUUACUCGUCGACAACAACGGCAACGAGCUUGAAGCGGUGGCAACAAAUGUACUUGACGAAGCACUACAGAGCAUCAGUGCUAGAAAGUGA